AUGGGCCCAAAGAUUAGAAGCAGUAACAAAGAUUUUAUCGAAAUCCUUCACAAGAUCUAUGCAGGUAACCUUAGCUGGAGCAUAACUUCUGAGAAGAUCAAAGAUACUUUUGAUGAACAACCUGGUUUUUUAAGCGCAAGGGUGAUCUACGAGAAACAAUCAGGGAAAUCUCAAGGUUUUGAGUGUGUCACUUUUAGCUCUCCCGAGGCUGUAGAAUAUGCACUUAACGCUAUGGAUGGAUUGGUAAAAGCUUCAAAAUUCCCAUUAUUUGUGCAUCUUUCUUCUUCUGUAAUCUUUGUUUUAUUCAUUUCUGGUCUAUUUGAUGAACAGGAGGUUGAGGGUCGGCCUUUACGAUUGAACUUGGCAUAA